GUUGUGACCGAAUAACUUUACACCGGUAAUGAAGGUUGACAAUGAAGCGUUGGUGAGGAAGACGUGAGCAAGCUUGCUAACCAUCUUCGCUUUUCGCUUAAAAUUAUCGUUAAGCGUUUCGUCAUGGCUCCUUUAGAUUUGGAUAAAUACGUGGAAAUAGCGAGACACUGCAAAUACCUCCCGGAAAAUGACCUGAAGCGAUUAUGUGACUAUGUUUGUGAUUUGCUGUUAGAAGAGUCCAACGUUCAGCCAGUUUCCACGCCUGUUACUGUUUGCGGGGAUAUCCAUGGUCAGUUUUAUGACCUGUGUGAACUCUUCAGAACUGGAGGCCAAGUUCCAGAUACAAAUUACAUUUUCAUGGGGGAUUUUGUAGAUAGAGGAUAUUACAGCUUGGAGACCUUCACGCACCUGCUAGCUUUGAAGGCGAAGUGGCCGGAUCGCAUCACACUUCUCCGAGGAAAUCAUGAAAGCAGACAAAUAACACAAGUGUAUGGGUUUUAUGAUGAGUGCCAAACAAAGUAUGGAAAUGCAAAUGCCUGGCGAUAUUGCACCAAGGUUUUUGACAUGCUCACUGUGGCAGCUUUGAUAGAUGAGCAAGUUCUGUGUGUUCAUGGUGGUCUCUCCCCUGAUAUCAAGACCCUGGAUCAAAUCCGCACAAUAGAACGAAACCAAGAGAUUCCUCACAAAGGCGCCUUCUGUGACCUUGUGUGGUCUGAUCCAGAGGAUGUUGAUACCUGGGCACUCAGUCCAAGAGGAGCCGGCUGGCUGUUUGGUGCCAAAGUCACAAAUGAGUUUGUGCACAUCAACAACCUGAAACUCAUCUGCCGAGCUCAUCAACUGGUCCACGAAGGCUACAAGUACAUGUUUGAUGAGAAGCUGGUGACUGUGUGGUCAGCGCCCAACUACUGCUACCGCUGCGGUAACGUCGCCUCCAUCAUGGUUUUCAAAGACGUGAACACACGAGAGCCCAAGCUAUUCCGUGCUGUGCCUGACUCCGAGCGUGUCAUACCUCCACGAACGACCACUCCAUACUUCCUCUAAUGGUCUGAGUGGUAUCUCUUCACCUCAACAUUAUUUAUAUGCAACACUUUUUAAAACAACCUAGAGGAAAUGUCUUUCAGCUCAUUCACUUUCUGUACUGAAAGGUCUUUCCUCAGGGGUGGAAGUCUGUUUGCACCUCACUACCUUAUGUUCAUUCUUUAAGGAUAAUUCUUAUGCUGAAAUGUUUUAAAGGUGUAUUCAUAUGACAUUGACAAGAACUAUUUUAAUUCAGACAUCACAGUAUCCCGUAGAUUAUGUACCAAGACUGCUUGCUCUGACCAGUGCAUCAAAUAAAAGGUGGAUGAUUUCAUUUUCUUAA